AUAACCCUAGUCCAGCUGACGAUUCAGAACCAGAAGCGACCCAGCCAGCCACCCAUCAGCGUGCGCGAGGCGUUCGGAGCAUCCCGUGGAAGACCGGCCGGCGACGAGGGGGAAAACAUGGGGAAGGUGCCGGUGCGGAUGAAGGCGGUGGUGUACGCGCUGUCGCCGUUCCAGCAGAAGGUGAUGCCGGGGCUGUGGAAGGACAUCACCACCAAGAUCCACCACAAGGUCACGGAGAACUGGAUCUCCGCCACGCUCCUCGUCACCCCAGUCGUCGGCACCUACCAAUACGCCAUGUGGUACAAAGAGCAGGAGAAGCUGUCCCACAGAUACUAAAUGCGAUGCUCUCCAAGUUGACUGUGACAGCAGUUGGAGUUUUCAUGAUGGGUUCUGUAAUCCUUCAAUGAUGAUUUAACAUUUGUUGGAUCAAUUUUAGUUCAAUGCCUUUUUCAUAUUUCCAAUGCAUAUACGGUAUCUGUGCCUGGCAUACUUAUUUUGAGGCUUGCUAAAUAUGUACCUUUUGUCUUUGAAGUUGUUAAAUAAAGCAAAUUAACUAGCAGCUUCUCUCU